AUGUUAUUAAGGAGAGGAAUUGGAUGGUCAUAUUUAUUCGCUUUAAACAAUACAAGACGUUUUUCAUUAGCACGUCUUUCUUGUAAAGAUUCACGACAAGUAGCAUCACAAAGUAUCAGCGACGUGACCAAACACGUCCCGUCCAGCGCCCGUGUGGUCAUUUGUGGAGGGGGCGUUCUUGGUACAUCUGUAGCCUAUCACCUGACAGAGAGAGGAUGGAGUGAUGUGGUCUUGCUAGAACAGGGCAGUCUGACAUGCGGCACAACUUGGCAUUCGGCUGGUUUGAUAGGCCAGCUUGGGAAGGACGAUAUAGGUGGCUGUCAGCUUAUUGGAUAUGGACUACGGCUAUAUAAAAACCUGGAGAAGAGCCACGGUAUAGGAUGGAAACAGUGUGGAAGUUUACUUCUCGCCCAAACAAAGGACAGACUUGUCACCAUUGAGAGGAAACAUUCACUUGCUAAGGCACUCGGAGUGGAAUCUUAUCUGGUAUCGCCAUCAGAAAUCCUUGGAUUGUGUCCAUGGAUUAAAACGACCGAUCUUCAGGGUGGGCUCUGGGUACCAGGAGAUGGAGUGGUGGCUCCGAAUGACCUAGUAUACGCAUACAACAGUGUGGCUAAAUCUAAAGGGGUCCAGGUUUUUGAGGGAGUUAAGUUGGAGGAUGUGCACACUGCAGACAACAAGGUGACUGGAGUAAAGACAUCUCAUGGUCAUAUACAAUGUGAAUACUUUGUCAACUGCUCUGGACAGUGGGCGCGACAUCUUGGAGCUAGGUCGAUUCCUCCUGUCCAGGUGCCCCUUCAUUCCAAUGAACACUUUUAUAUUGUGUCAUUGGCUAUACCUAAUAUGGACUCAAUGAUGCCAGUGAUAAGGGAUUACGAUGGCUCUAUCUAUGCUCGGGAGUGGAGUGGGGGUCUUCUUGCUGGAGGAUUUGAGUUGGAAGGCAAACCUACCUUCUCCUUCGGAAUGCCAGAGAAAUUUGAAUUUCAACUCCUCUCGUCAGAUUGGGAUCAUUUUCAGGUCAUUUUGGAGCCUAUACUCAACAGAUUUCCUGCCAUGGAAACGGCUGAAGUACGGACACUUGUCAACGGUCCGGAAAGUUUUACAGCUGACGGGAACUGGAUUCUUGGCGAAUCAGCCGAGGUGAAGAACUACUUUGUCGCGGCUGGUAUGAACGGUCUUGGUGUGGUCGGGUCAGCCGGUAUAGGGAAAUACAUUACGGAGAGUAUCGUAGACGGUGCCCCGAGUUCCAGCUUGGAUGCUCACCAUAUCCUCAGACACAAUAAAGCUCAUUGCAACAGACGUUUCUUACAUGAGCGCGUGAAGGAGGUUAUAGGUGCCUACAAACUACGAUAUCCCUAUACUCAUUGGACAAGGGGAAGGAAGAUAAAAACAUCCCCGAUACACACGUUACUGGAGAGAUCGGGCGCCUGCUUCGGGGAUCUACAAGGAUACGAACGGCCCUUGUAUUUCAGGGGGCUGAAAGAUAAACCUUUCGAUCCGUACCAUUUAGAGGAACCAACAUUCCGCAAGCCAUCAUGGUUUGAUGAUGUGGAGGCUGAGUAUAGAGCAUGUAAAGACAGUGUGUGUCUCAUAGACACAUCAUGCUUCACAAUGUGUGAGGUUAAGUCUGAUGGCGGUGAAGCUCUCCAGUAUCUCCAGGAUUUGUGUUGUAACAACAUAUCAGGAAAGGCCGGUCAUAUCACAUCGACUGGAAUGCUAAACCAGCAAGGGGGAUACGUUGUUGACGGCAGUGUCGUCUCUUUAGCUCCCAACAGAUUCCUGAUAACAGCAACUACCAACCACCAGCGUCGGAUGCUGACCUGGAUGAGGCGACACCUUCCCUCGGAUGGAACAGUUGAUCUUGUCGAAAGUGAUUCAUCAUUUUCUUCACUGACAAUUAUUGGGCCAAGAAACGAAGCGUUGAUGGGGGAUUUAUGUGACGUGUCCAUUCUGUCCAAAGACUUCCAUCCAAUGACGUGCAAGAUUUUAGAUGUUGGAUUUUCCUGUGGUAUCCGUACCAUGAGAAUACCAUUGGCAGGAAAUGACGCAUUCACUCUACAUGUCCCGACAGAGAACACGUUGCAAGUGUAUGAGGCUUUAAAGGAGAAUGGAAAGAAGUACGAUAUCAAGGAAGGAGGCCAUUAUGUCAUGAAACAUCUUCGGCUAGAAAAUAAAAUUGCAUCCCAAGAAGAAGAUAUUUCGUCCUCAACAACACCAUUGGAGUGUGGGAAAUCUUCUAACGUCUGUCUAGAGAAAACUAAUUCCUUUCUGGGUAGAGAAGCGUUAGAACUGCAGACAAGAAAUGGAACGAGUAAACAACUUGUCCAUUUGACCUUGAAAGACUUAAACAUUGAAUGCGACACCUGGCCGUGGGGUGGAGAACCUAUAUACCAAAAUGACCAGUGUGUAGGUUCAACGUCUUCGUGUGGGUUCAACUUUGACCUUCGGAAGGUCAUUUGUUUAGGUUACGUCAACACCAGUUCAGAACAAGAUGGUGGAAACAAGGACAACUACAAACUGGCUAUCGGUACGAAGAUGUACAAUGCGGCUGUGGAAAUGUAA